AUGUCUGCCCCAUUAUCUUCGGAUGAGAAGCUCGAGUACACCCGCAUUAUCGACGGCAUCUUAGCGGCUGCCGACCUGGAAACGGUCACUCGCAAGAAGAUCCGAGAAGGCCUCCAAGAAGCCAUCCAGAAGGAUCUCAGCGGCCAAAAGAAUGCCAUCAAAAACUUAACUGAAGAACGGUUCGACGCUAUAUCUGCCGACUCGACGCAGGCAAUACCGACGCCCCACUCCGGCGCCGCCGCCGAGCUUUCACCGCGACCUGAAACUAACGGCCAUUCCCCCGAGGUCAAGCCCGAGGGGGACGAAGACGCAGAUGUUGCCGCCGCCGACGACGACGACGGUGAAAUAGAGGUUUCGCUACCACCAGCAAAGAAAAAACAAAAACGCGAGAGCUCGAGCGAGGAUGCCGAUGCGCGUCUUGCCGCCGAACUCCAGGCGCAAGAGAACAGACGGUCGCGUGGCCCACUCACGCGCGGCGCCGGCGCAACCAAAGUCACCAAGAAGGUCAAGGCAAAACCAAAAGCAAAGGCAGCAAAGAAAAAGAGCGAGAAACGAGUGCGCUCGGGUAACGAUGACAGCGACGAGGACUCGGCAGAAGAAAAACAGAAACGGAAAGCAGGGGGUGGCUUUCAGAAACCUUUCAACCUCAGCUAUCCGCUAGCGGAAAUAUGCGGAGAGAGCCAGCUAUCACGCCCGCAGGUGGUUAAACGGCUUUGGGAACACAUCAAAGCCAACGAGCUCCAGGAUCCCAAUGACAAGCGGCAGAUACGAUGUGACGACAAGAUGCAAGCCGUGUUUGAACGGAGCCGAGUCGACAUGUUUCAGAUGAAUAAACUUCUCGGCAAUCAGCUCUAUCCCAUCGAAGACUGA